UUCUCAUUCUUUUUUUCGAGACUUUCGAAAGCAGUAAACAUUUUUUAAGUUUUGUUCUUAAACUCAAUUAAUCGAAUCCUUACUCCAGCUUCAAAAUGGUUAGGGAGAACAAAACUGCCUGGAAAGCAAAUUAUUUCACAAAAGUUGUGUCAUACUUGGAUGAAUAUCCAAAAUGUUUCAUCGUCGGUGCCGACAAUGUUGGUUCUCGUCAAAUGCAACAGAUCCGUAUCUCCCUUCGUGGAAUUGCUGUUGUAUUGAUGGGUAAAAAUACUAUGAUCCGUAAAGCUAUUCGUGGUCAUAUUGAAAACAACGCAGCAUUAGACAAGAUCUUGCCCCACAUCCGAGGCAAUGUUGGCUUCGUCUUCACCAAGGGAGACUUGAAUGAAGUUCGCGAUAAAUUGACCGAAAACAAGGUUCGUGCUCCUGCUCGUGCUGGUGCCAUUGCUCCAUGUGAGGUUGUCAUUCCAGCUCAAAACACCGGUUUGGGACCCGAGAAGACAAGUUUCUUCCAGGCUUUGUCUAUUCCAACCAAGAUUUCUAAAGGUACAAUUGAAAUCAUCAAUGAUGUGCCCAUUCUUAGAGUUGGUGACAAAGUCGGUGCUUCCGAAGCCACUUUGUUGAACAUGUUGAACAUCUCGCCAUUCUCAUAUGGUUUGAUCAUUGAACAAGUCUACGAUAGCGGUUCCAUUUUCUCACCCAACAUCUUGGACAUUAAGCCCGAAGACUUGCGUGCUAAAUUCCAACAAGGAGUUGCAAAUAUCGCCGCUCUUUCAUUGGCUAUUGGAUAUCCAACAAUUGUUUCUGCUCCUCACAGCAUUGCAAAUGGUUUCAAGAACCUUUUGGCUUUGGCUGCAGUCACCGAUGUCGAGUUCAAGGAAGCUGAAACCAUCAAGGAAUUUGUUAAAGAUCCAAGCAAAUUCGUUGCCGCUGCUGCUGUUGCAGCACCUGCAGCUAGUGCCGCUGCUCCAGCUGCUAAGGCAGAAGCCAAGAAGGCUGAAUCAGAACCUGAGAGCGAUGACGAUAUGGGCUUCGGCUUGUUAUCAACAAAAAAUCUUAUAUUUGAUUCCAUUCUUCAGGUUAACGUUCCAAAACAACGCCGUACAUAUUGCAGAAAAUGUAAUGCACAUUGUGUUUACAAAGUCUCGCAAUAUAAGAAAUCUAAGGAGCGACAUGCAGCCCAGGGACGACGUCGUUACGAUCGCAAACAACAAGGAUUUGGUGGACAAACGAAACCCAUCUUCAGAAAGAAGGCAAAAACCACCAAGAAAAUUGUGCUUCGUAUGGAAUGCACAGUAUGCAAAUAUCGCAAACAAUUACCUUUGAGACGUUGCAAACAUUUUGAAUUGGGAGGUGACAAGAAACGUAAGGGUCAAAUGAUUCAGUUCUAAAUCGUCACUGUAAUAACAAAUGCUACUGAAAUUUCAUUCAUUCUUUGAAAAAAGAAAGUUUUUAAUAAAAAAGAUGGAAUGAAACAUCAAAAGUGUUUUAAAAAAUAUUUUUUUAUUCUUCAUUGUCUUCUGGUGUCUUUUCAAUGAGUAAAUCUGGAUUAUCUAAAAGAUUGUCGUCAAGUCCUUCAGAAAACAUUUUUUGUUUCACAGCUGGAACUGCAACUCCAAAUUUAAUCAUUUUAAAGUAUUUUUUAUAUAAGAAGGAAUCACAAAUUUUUAUGAGGUUGUCGUUUGAAGUUUGUUCUGUAAUUUGGCUUUCAUUUGUCUGUUCCUGAUGUUCC